UCAUAUCUAACAAUUCUUACUUAUUCAUUUUCAAAAAAAUAAAAAACAAACAAACUUCAUAUACUGAUCGAUAUUUAUUACUCCAUAUAGUUUCUCUCAUUGAAAACCUGUACCGUUAUUUAUCACUGUACACAUUUUUUCUCGCUAAAAACUUGUAGCCCUUGACAAUGGUAAGCGGUCAGCUUUUGUCUAGAAUUGCGACUAACGAAGGACAUGGCGAAAACUCUCCGUAUUUCGACGGAUGGAAGGCUUACGAUAUGAAUCCUUUUCAUUCUACGGAUAAUCCUGACGGUGUUAUCCAAAUGGGGCUUGCGGAAAAUCAGCUUUGUUUCGAUUUGAUACGAGACUGGAUUAAGAGAAAUCCUGAAGCUUCCAUUUGUACUCCUGAGGGAGUUGAUAAGUUUAAGGAUAUAGCUAACUUUCAGGAUUAUCAUGGCUUGCCGGAGUUCAGACAAGCGAUUGCGAAAUUCAUGGAGAAGGUUAGAGGGAAUAGGAUAAAAUUUGAUCCGGAUCGUAUAGUUAUGGGCGGAGGUGCUACCGGAGCAAAUGAGGCGAUUAUAUUCUGUUUGGCUGAUCCUGGCGAUGCUUUUCUUGUUCCUUCUCCGUAUUAUCCUGCAUUUGACCGUGACCUAACAUGGAGAACUGGUGUCCAGAUUAUUCCAGUUGAUUGCUACAGCUCGAACAAUUUCCGAAUUACAAAAGAAGCCCUAGAAAUAGCAUAUGAUAAAGCUCAAAACUCUGGCAUCAACGUCAAAGGUCUCAUCUUAGCCAAUCCAUCUAAUCCACUUGGCACCAUUUUAGACCGUGACACAUUGAAAAACCUAGUAAAUUUCAUCAAUGAACGAAACAUUCAUUUGGUCAUCGACGAAAUUUACGCUGCUACAAUCUUUAACUCCCCGAAUUUCAUCAGCAUCUCCGAAAUAAUUCAAGAAAUGGAUUGUAACUACGAUUUAAUCCAUCUUAUUUAUAGCUUAUCAAAGGACAUGGGCCUCCCUGGAUUCCGAGUCGGAAUUAUUUACUCGUACAACGACGCGGUUGUGAACUGCGCUCGUAAAAUGUCGAGUUUCGGAUUAGUUUCCGCGCAAACUCAGCUUCUGCUCGCUUCGAUGCUUUCUGAUGACGCGUUCGUGGAUUAUUUUCUUCGAGAAAGCUCGAGAAGGUUAAAGAAACGGCACGUAUUGUUCACCAAAGGUCUCGAACAAGUCGGAAUUACUUGUCUGAAAAGUAAUGCUGGUCUUUUUGUUUGGAUGAACUUACGUCACCUUCUUAAAGAAGAAACAUUUGCAGGAGAAAUGGAGUUAUGGAAGGUGAUCAUUAAUGAAGUGAAGCUGAAUGUUUCGCCGGGUUCUUCGUUUCACUGCGCGGAACCUGGUUGGUUUAGGGUUUGUUUUGCUAAUAUGGAUGAUGAAACUGUAUCAGUCGCAUUGAAGAGGAUUAGGGCAUUUGUGGGGAAAGGAAAAAAAGAUCAUCAAGAAAAACCAAUGAUCAAAAGAUCAUCGUGGCAAAAGAAUCUACGGUUGAGUUUCUCUGGUCGGAGAUUUGACGAUGGAGCUACGUCGCCGCAUGUGAUGCCGUCGCCUCACUCGCCGAUUCCUCAGUCACCGCUUGUUCGAGCACAGUAAAAAGCAUUUACCAAAUGGUAAUAGUAAUGGUAAUUUCUAAUCUAUUGAUUUCUUGGAUGGAAUAAGGUUAAUUAUUUCCAAGAUUUUUUAAUUUUAUUAGGGUAACCAUCACUGAAUUAUUAUUUUAUUUUUGUAUUUCCCACUGAUUUGGAAGCUGCCAGCUUUUUUUGGGAAUAUUUUUUAUGUGUGUAAUUAUUUAUAUACCUAAUUAAGAUUAAUUAGGUGACAUUAGGUAAUGGGAGAGUGAGAAUUUAGGGCAAGAAGUUAAUGUAAGUCCAGAUUACAUCACUCUCCUAUUGUAAUUUGUAUGAAAAAAAAACUAGACAUGUGUGUAUUUUUACAUUAACAAUGUAUACAAUGUAACACAAAGCAAUAAAGUAUGUAAUGAUAAUUUCAAAUUAUUCCUAUAAAAAUAAUUUUUAA